AUGGCUGCCAUCUUUUCUCACAGCUAUCUGAAUAUCGCUGCAACAGGUGCAAACGAUAGUAGGGGUGGAUGUUUUAACAUAAGAUGUUUGAAGCAACUGUCAUUCAAACUUGGAACAAAGUCACACCCCAUCACCGAUCAAUACAGGAAUAUCGAUUGGGGAAUUCGAGUCCGCCCUUCAUUUGAGUCAGUCCAUCACCGUUACAAUAGUCGCGUGAUCUCUGAAACAGACUUGUUAGAUAAGAUAAAUACCCCUCUUUUGUCUCGAGCUUGGGUAUUUCAAGAACGACAAUUAGCACCGCGAACUUUACAUUUUCAUCCUUCCGAGCUCGUAAUGGAAUGUAAAUCAGGUCUCCGCUGCGAAUGCACAGUUCUUGAGAUAUUGAACGAAGGUUCGGGCAGUAAUUUGAAGGAUCAAGAUAGCUUGGGAUCUGAGGCUUACGAAAUAUUCAAUGAAUGGAAUGAAUUGGUCAGAGAGUAUUCGCAAUUGUUGAUCACGAGGGAAUCAGACCGGUCGAUUGCCCUUAUUGGAAUUGCAACCGAAUUCCAGAAAAAAGUGAAUUGUGGGUAUCUAGCUGGGCUAUGGAGCUCUGAUAUUGCAAAUGGCUUGUUGUGGGACAUUAAUGGAAGCCCUUACAUGAGAGAGAGAAUGGAUCUAAAAAGAAUUGAAGAACCCUUUGCCCCCAAUUGGUCCUGGGCUUCUUUGGUUCAAGGCGUAGGCACUUUCACCACCUCAGUUGUGUUUCAGCCAGGCCAAGUGCUCACACCCCACGAAGAUUUCAAAUAA